AUGCUGCGCUCUUCCCUUGGUGCGUUCUUGCCAACUCUCCGGCCAGCACACACUGCCUCGGAAUCAGAGUCAGCAUUCAGUUGCCUCCGCCUGCAGGACUUAGGAGAAGAGGUGAAAAAGGAACCAAAGAGCAAGCUGGAAUACGGGGGCUCUCGCUUCAGGGUCCCCAACAGAAACACGAGCAGGAAAGGACAACAUAAUACCACCUGCUUUUCUUCUGUGAUGGAAACUACCAACACCUCAGCAGUGACCACCUCCUUUUCUUCCUCUGGAUUCCCCCCCUCCUUUUCCUCUCGCUCUGCUCCAAGAUCCAUGUGGCAAGAGGCAAUAACGAGAAAGCAAUAUUUGCUUGACCGGACAGAGGAGUCCGAAGUGAACAAAGGAGGAGGUGGUGGGCAGAAGACGAGCAGGUCACCGGACUGGCUGUAUGAAUCCUACUAUUGCAUGAGCCAGCAGCAUCCUCUCAUUGUGUUUUUGCUCCUCAUAGUGAUGGGAGCCUGCCUGGCUCUGCUGACUGUGUUCUUUGCUUCAGGGCUGAGCAUCACAGACCAUGUGGCCUUUGUAAUCACAGUUCCAACAGCACUGGCCAUAUUCCUGACUGUGUUUAUACUCGUCUGCAUUGAGUCCAUCUUCAAGAAACAUUUACGGGUUUUCUCCUUGGUCAUCUGGGCUUGCUUGGUUGCCAUGGGUUACCUUUUUAUGUUUUCUGGUGGAAUCGUCUGUCCAUGGGAUCAGGUGUCUUUCUUCCUGUUCAUUGUGUUUGUGGUUUACACCAUGCUGCCAUUCUCAAUGCGGGAAGCCAUUAUUGCCAGUGGUCUGACCUCCGCCUCUCACACAGUUGUGUUGAGCGUCUGCCUCUCUAUGACAGCUGAUAACAUGGAACCAGUAGUGUGGCAGAUUUUGGCAAAUGUUAUCAUUUUCAUGUGUGGCAACAUGGCUGGGGCGUACCACAAGCAUCUAAUGGAGCUGGCACUGAAGCAGACUUACCAGGACACCUGCAACUGCAUCAAGUCCCCAAUCAAACUGGAGUUUGAGAAGAGACAGCAGGAGCGUCUGCUGUUGUCUCUGCUGCCAGCUCACAUCGCCCGUGUGAUGAAAGCUGAGAUCAUUCAGAGGCUCAAAGGACCAAAUUUUGGACAGAUUGAGAACACAAACAAUUUUCACAACCUCUAUGUUCAAAGACACACUAAUGUCAGUAUACUUUAUGCUGAUAUAGUUGGAUUCACACGGCUGGCCAGUGACUGCUCACCAGGAGAACUGGUCCACAUGCUGAAUGAGCUGUUUGGAAAAUUUGAUCAAAUUGCAAAGGAAAAUGAAUGUAUGCGAAUCAAAAUCUUGGGUGACUGUUACUACUGUGUUUCCGGGCUGCCAGAGUCAUUGCCAAACCAUGCCAAAAACUGUGUAAAAAUGGGACUUGACAUGUGUGAGGCAAUCAAGAAGGUGCGAGAUGCCACAGGGGUAGACAUCAACAUGCGUGUCGGUGUGCAUUCUGGGAACGUCCUGUGCGGUGUUAUAGGACUUCAGAAAUGGCAGUAUGAUGUUUGGUCACAUGAUGUCACAUUGGCCAAUCAUAUGGAAGCAGGAGGAGUGCCAGGGCGGGUCCACAUCACCUCGGUGACACUGGAGCACCUGAAUGGUGCUUAUAAGGUGGAAGAUGGGGAUGGACAAGAAAGAGAUUCUUAUUUAAAGGAACAUGGUGUCAUCACUUACCUGGUUAUCAACCCAAAGGUAGACCGCCAGAGCCCUCAGCAUCCUUACAGACCGAGGCACACGCUUGAUGGCUCAAAGAUGAGAGCCUCAGUUAGGAUGACCCGCUACCUGGAGUCAUGGGGAGCAGCCAAGCCCUUUGCCAACUUGCACCACAGAGACAGCAUGACUAAUGACAAUGGGAAGAUCAGCACUGCUGAUGUGCCAGUGGGGCAAUAUCAAUUCCAGAGAAGAUCAGAAAGGACAAAGUCUCAAAAGAAACGGUUUGAAGAGGAACUGAACCAGAGAAUGAUCCGGACAUUUGAUGGGAUAAAUUCACAAAAGCAGUGGCUUAAGUCUGAGGACAUCCAAAGAAUAUCGCUGUUUUUUCACAAUCGAUCAUUGGAAAAAGAGUACAGAGCUACAACCUUGCCAGCCUUUAAAUACUAUGUAACCUGUGCCUGUUUGAUCUUCUUCUGCAUUUUUAUUGUGCAGAUUCUGGUUCUGCCAAAGACAGCCGUCUUGGGGAUUUCAUUUGGAAUGGCCUUUCUUAUCCUGUCCUUAAUUCUCUUCAUAUGUUUCAUUGGACACUUUAUGCCCUGCAGUAAAAGUGCAUCUGCUUCUUGGAUGUGGCUGAUGAGGUCAUCAGUUAUUAUAGCUAACAAGCCGUGGCCUCGCAUCACUCUCACCAUGACAACCACAGCUCUAAUACUCAUAAUGGCAGUCUUCAACAUGUUCUUUUUGGAAGACAAUGAUUUUCUCUCGGUUCCUAUUUACAAUUCCUCCAAUGAAACACUCUUUUACUCUAACGGCCAGCAAAUCACCUUCCCUGGCAAUGACAAUUUCUACCUUCCUUAUUUAAUUUACAGUUGCAUCCUGGGCCUGAUAUCCUGCUCAGUAUUCCUGAGGAUAAACUAUGAGCUGAAGAUGAUCAUUAUGUUGACUGCAGUGGUGGUCUACAACAUCAUUAUUCUGCAAACCCAUGCUUCCUUGCUAGACGAAUACAGCAGAUUUCUGUACAAGACGGAGAGCCUUGACAGACCAGGAGUUCUCAAAAACCUAAAAUCUAUGGGCUCUGUCUCCCUCUUUAUCUUCUUCAUCACUCUGCUUGUGCUAGCCAGACAGAAUGAAUAUUACUGUAGGUUAGACUUCCUUUGGAAGAACAAGUUCAAGAAGGAGUGUGAGGAGAUUGAAACCAUGGAGAACCUCAACCGGGUUUUGCUGGAGAACGUCCUGCCUGCACACGUUGCCGAACACUUCUUGGCACGUAACUGGAAAAAUGAGGAUCUUUAUCACCAGUCCUAUGACGUAGUUUGUGUCAUGUUUGCCUCUAUCCCAGACUUUAAAGAAUUCUACACUGAAUCUGAUGUCAACAAGGAGGGACUAGAGUGCCUCAGGCUACUCAAUGAAAUCAUUGCUGACUUUGACGAGUUGCUUUCCAAACCUAAAUUCAGUGGUGUGGAGAAGAUCAAGACAAUUGGCAGCACUUACAUGGCUGCAACUGGACUUAAUGCGUCACCUGGGCCUGAGUACACAACCCAGGAGCAUGACAGGCAAUACAUGCACAUAGGAACCAUGGUCGAGUUUGCAUUUGCCUUGGUUGGAAAGUUGGAUGUGAUAAAUAAACACUCUUUUAAUGACUUCAAACUAAGAGUUGGUAUUAAUCAUGGUCCAGUGAUAGCUGGAGUCAUUGGGGCCCAGAAACCACAGUAUGAUAUCUGGGGGAACACAGUGAAUGUAGCCAGCAGAAUGGACAGUACUGGAGUGCUGGGGAAAAUUCAGGUGACUGAGGAGACGAGUCGUAUUCUUCUGACCCUCGGAUACAUGUGUUCUUGUCGAGGCAUCAUCAAUGUCAAGGGAAAAGGAGAGCUUAAGACCUUCUUUGUGCACACAGAGAUGACUCGCUCCCUGUCCCAGGGGAAUGUAAUGCCGUAA